GGUAUCAUCCACUCCUUUAAUCUAUAAUCUAUAAUCUAUAAUCUACGUCCCAAUUGGACUUUGAAGAGGACUUGAGGAGGAUCCGACAGUCCUAAAAACUAGAGGCUGCUAGAAGGGCGUACCAGGACAGGACAGGAUGGUCUCGGCCAUGCAGCAAUUCUGUGCAGUCUCGCCAAAGAACCCAUCCCCGCUCUCCUCGUAUCCUCCGUUCAGACCGAGAUCUUGUUCACCCCCACUCCCACCAGGGUCGGAUGAGAGCUCGACGUUAGGGAUCAAGCACGAUAUGGAUCUGCAGGAGAGAAGAAGGUCGAAGGUACAUUCGACCCCGGUACCGAUUCACCGAGUUGAUUCGACAUCAACAUCUUCAUCGACGGCAUUGGGUAACACGUACUCUACCACCCCGUAUCCUCACGCUCACCCUCAUGCUCAUGCUCGGCCGAGACACCCAAAUUCUAUCCCUUCACCCUCCUCUUCCACCCAGCUGGACGGACCUCUACACCUAGAUCUAGAUGUGGAUGCAUUACCUUCGCCUUCGCCGGGUUCUCUGUCACACAACCGUUCGCCGAGUCAGAGGAAACUAUCCACAUCCCACUCUCUGGCCGGAUCAUACACCCUCUCCUUGCUCUCUUCCCGAAUGUCUCAUGCGCACAAGGGACAUUCUUUGGAUUCGGCGUUUACCCUCCAGAUAGGAGCUACGGGCUUCAAUAAUUGCAACGUCGGGGGGAAGAAGACUUUGGAUGCCAAGUUGAAGAGCCCGCCGCAUGUACGGGUGCCGUUCGAGGCGAGGUGGUAUGACCUAGAAGGCGGGCCGGGGGGUGCGGCGGUCGGUACGCCUUGGGUCGGGUGUGUGGAUCUGGAGGGGUAUUAUCGGCAUCAGAAUGAACAGCGCCAGUGUCAAGAGAAUGAGGGGAUGGAGGAUGGUCAUAUGGCAGACGACGGGGAACGGGUGGAAGUCGAGCGGACUGGACGUGCAUCGGUCUUUCGGCAUGAUCCUUCGGUUCUGAAGCGGGACCGGCGUCGAUCUUCGAUCCCGACUGGGCUCUCUUCCGAGAGUGAACAGCUUCCCCGACUUUCCGGACGCCCGACGUUCGAUAGCACCGUCUCGCCUCGACCUGGACUCGAAGCUGGACUCGGCUCGGACCCCGGUCCACAUGCCAACAUCCCGUUCCCGGGGUACGAGCUCGCCCCGCAAGGUCUCCUCCAACUCGUCAUCAAGAACGAGAUCUCCGCUAUCAAGGUUUUCCUACUCAAAUACGACCUGGCGGCAUUAGAACCCGGAGGGAAGAUGUUGGUCAGGGAAAGGGAUUAUAUCGCCGUCCCUCCUGUUGCUGGUUGCCGGGAGAGCGAGGACAAGAACGAGGAUGAGGGUAUGGGCCGACAACCCGACCAGCAUCGAAAUCAACAUCGACGGCGUGAAGUCUUGAGGAGCGCGGUCGAGUUGCAAUUCACUUGCGUGCCCGUACGGGUCGAGCGGAAGACCAAGCGGAAACGUCAUACCGAGCCCGUCCGGCGGGAACACCAUCAGCAUCAACGUCAGUCGUAUUACCGUAGCGGUGAUGGGGAGGCGUCGUCACCGAUGGGCGUCUCGAUCGAAGGUGAUGGAUGGAGGUUGGACGGGGGCAGCGCCUUGUCUCUCCGGGAUGACGAUCACGGCCCUGACGACCCUACCCUGCGUCAACUUCAACUUCAACCUCGACCUCCUCAAUCUCAAUCUCGGUACAAGACGAAGAAAGCGUACUUUCUCAGUCGACACGUCCGCGUCGUCUUUCCCUCGCUCUGCGGCAACCUGACCAGUCGGGACCAAGCCGAUCGUCGAGAGACAGCGAAAGAGGACGUGAGGACCGAACGUUUCAUCGAGGUCAUCAACCCGUCUACCGUCCAACCGGGUAUGAGCCCGAAAGAGAUCAAAAAGAUGAGACGGGCGAGUUUCGCUAGUGAGAGUUGGGAGGGGGUCAAGGCACUAUUGAGUCGAAAGAUGAAGGAGGACGAAGAGGACGAUCGGAUGGAUGGCAACUACCACGAGGUCGACGUCGAGGCACCGUUUAGCGAUCAGGAAAGGAAAUCAGCACAGGCGAAACUCGCUGGUGGGGAUAUCGCGGCCACACCCAAGACCAUGACGUUCCCACGCAGCCCUACGCCUGUGCAUUCCGGACUCACCUCGCUCCUCACGGCGCGUCUCGAACGACGCGAAGGUAGCGUCGAUACACAAGUCGACGAGGACGAUAGGGAGACGGAACUCGAGCUGCGACACUGGCACCGCGAGCUCGGGCUCGAUCCGGCUCUCCCUUCGCCCGUCACUUCCCCUGUUGACAAGAAGAGAAGUCUGUGGCCCGAAGACGAGAGCGAGAGGUUGUUGAGCGAGAGUCUACAACGAUUGCCUUGGAGGAGAUGAGUGGCGGCGCAGGUGGAGUCGCAGGAGUCGACCGUUUGUAUUUUUAACUUGCAUGUAGACACGCGCAGAUGCAAAGCUAUACCCACC